AUGAGAUGAACAGGCUUUGAGGCUCGGAGUAAGUUUGGAGUGUGUGUUCCCCGAGGACUCGACCAUGUCCGGCUGGUUCUGCCGGAGUUUAUACGCGUUUCACGGGGAUCAGCAUCAGCAGGGCUUGAGGUUCGAAGCUGGAGAAAUGAUCAGGAUAACUCAAGCUUUAGAGGGAGGAUGGUGGGAAGGAGAGAAGGACGGAGAGAAGGGAUGGUUUCCAUCGACAUAUGUGCAAACAGAGAACGUGUCGUCGCCGUGUCCCGUGGACGAGCCGCUGCCCAGAGACUGGAGGAGUUACAUGUCUCCACAGGGCCGACAAUACUACGUCAACACCGUCAGCAACGAGACGACGUGGGAGAGGCCGUCCAGCACACCUGGAACCCCGAGAACACCUGUCAAACACAAGAACUGUUUUCUUCCUGCAGUGAAUGGAUUUCAUGCUAAUGACAGCCCGUUGCAUCAGACCGAACACUCACAUGCAGUUGUGCGAAAGGCCAGCACAGAUCAACAGAGUCCCGGCUCGCCGUCACCCGUCAGGAAGCAGGAGUGUGAAUCCACAGUAACUAUAAACUGCGUGACGUUCCCUCUCCCGCUGCACAUGUCGGAGCAGCAGCUGCUCAAACCCGACGAGUGGAGCUACUGCGAUUAUUUUUGGGCGGACAGAAAGGACGCGCAGGGAAGCGCCGGCGUCUCCGGCUUCGAGGUGCUGCUGCAGAAACAGCUGAAGGGACGGCAGAUGCAGAGAGAGAUGGCGGAGUUCGUGCGGGAGAGGAUCAGGAUCGAGGAGGAAUACGCUAAGAGUCUGUCGAAGCUCUCCCAGAUCCCACUAGCGGCGCAGGAGGAAGGCACACUCGGCUCAGCUUGGGUUCAGCUGAAGAAAAGCCUGUCAGACGAGGCCGAAGUGCAUCUCAAGUUCUCCUCUAAGCUCCAGAGUGAAGUGGAGAAACCUCUGCUGAUAUUUCGGGAGAACUUCAAGAAAGACAUGAAGAAGUUUGACCACCACAUGUGUGACCUGAGGAAGCAGCUGGCCGGCCGAUACGCUGCCGUGGAGAAGGCCCGUAAAGCGCUCUCCGAUCGGCAGAAGGAUCUAGAAGUGAAGACCCAGCAGCUGGAGAUCAAACUCAGCAGUAAAAUGGAGGAGGACAUCAAGAAAGCGCGCAGAAAAUCCACACAGGCCGGAGACGAGCUGAUGCGAUGUGUCGACCUCUACAAUCAGUCCCAGUCCAAGUGGUUUGAGGAGAUGGUCACCAGCAGCCUGGAGCUGGAGCGUCUGGAGGUGGAGCGCGUGGAGAUGAUCAGACAACAUCUGUGUCAGUACACAACGCUACGCCACGAGACCGACAUGUUCAACCAGGGCACUGUAGAGCCGGUGGAUAAACUCCUGCGGAGCGUCGAUCCCGCCAGAGACCGAGAACUGUGGGUGAAAGAACACAAAACAGGAGAGCUGAGGCCGGCCGACAUGGAGGUCUGAGGAUAUCCAGAGAGAGAGAGAGAGAUAACACUGCAGAUCGACUCAGCGGAGAGAGAGGACCGGCCGAGCUACAGCCGAAACAAGAGGACGAUCACGUCUCUAACCCAGCGGAGGCUCGAGGAGAACAAGUGUAAAUAUCUGUAUCAGGACUUCACUCAGGAGAACCGAUGUGUCUGUCAGGAUCUACUGAUGCAAUCACAACAUUAGCAUUGAACAGUGUCUGAUCUGUUCGGAACAGAACUAAUAUAUAAAUGCUGCUACUGAUUUAAUUCUGUGACUAAUCAAAGCCAUCGCUUCCAGUUGACAUGAACUGCACAUCUAUAACUCGCAUAAUGCCAUGACAUAUUCAAAACAGUGAGAAUGCAGAUUUGAUGAGGAUUUGAGGAGUUGUAAAGUGGGAUUUCCCAGGACGGACGUGGAAAAGGAAAGCGGAUCCAGAAGUGGAGCGACUCAUUACACUUUGAUGAAUUGAUACUUUUGUCCUUUGUUGUAAUAACUGUAUGAAUCAUUCACAGUAAGACCAGAAACAUGGAUUAACCAGUAAAGUGUUGAUUUCAUGAUGCAGCUUUUGCAGGAAAUAUGAACGAACAAUCGUUCCCACCACGGAAUAAAACAUGAUAU